UGUGAGAUGAAUCCGAUUCCGUUUUAUUCAUAUCAUAAAAUCAUAAGCCAUUGCCAUACACAUCCAUUUCACACUUCAUAAACCCUUUUUGGAUUCAAACAACACUCCAAACAACCCAUAACCACGCCGCAAGAUGAACUUUUUCAAGUCCGUCUUUGCCGAUGAACCCGACCCGCCACCGCACGGAUCCGACCACCCCGAUCCGCCUCAGAGCGCCACCGCCACCGCAACCGCAACCGCAACCGCCGCUUGGAGCUUCGAAGGCCUGAUCCAAACCAUCGCUUCCAAAUCCGAGUCCGUUCUCGAGAACUACCGUCGCGAUCUCGAGGAAUUCGGCUCCGGCUUGAGGAAAGAAACGGCGGUGAUCCGCGAAGCCGCCUCACGCGCCGUCAAGGACCUCCCGGCUUCGCUCGACGCCGGCGCGUCGGUGGCUCAGGUGUCGCUCGAGUCCGUUGGCCAAGCCAUCGACGACAUCGGCAGCACCGUUUGGAAAUCGACAGCGGAGAUUAUCUCUCACGGUAGGGAAUCUCUCUUAGCCUCUGAUUCCGAUUACGAUUCUUUUGAUUCAAGCAAUUACGAUAACAACAAUGCUGGUAAGAAACUGUUGAAUAGUAGUAGUGGCAGCGGUCAGGGUUUGGACGUGAAACGGUACAGUAGAUUUGAUGCGUUGGUGCGUGCUCUUCAGUGUGAUGUUAAUACCUAUUUGGAGGAACCUGAGGAUUUGGAGAAAUUCAAUGAGUGGAAAUUAGGGUUUGAGUUGGAUAAGAAGGGGGAGGAGAUUAGGAAUUUGAUUGAAGAGAAUGGAGUUAUUGAGAAGAUUUAUGAGAAGGCUGUUCCCAGUAGAACUGAUCAUGAGAGUUUCUGGAGCAAGUAUUUUUAUAAGUUGCAUAAGCUGAAGCAAGCUGAGGAUGCAAGGGCUAAACUCGUGAAACGAGCAAUUUCCGGGGAUGAAGAGGAGGAUUUGAGUUGGGAUUUUGAUGAUGAGGAUGAUGACAAUGGUGGGUAUGAGCCUUUAGUUAGCACCAGUGGGGUUUCUGAGUUGAAAAACGGAAAUUCUGCUGAGGUUGCUGCAGAUGUUGGCGGUGUUGAGUGUGUUCAGGUUGGGAAGAAGGAUUUGGAGAUAGAGAAUGAUGGGAAGGGUGUUGAUCUUGAAUCUAAAACUGUUGGUGAUGAUGAGUCUGGGGAGGUGAAUUGUAUUGAGAAUGUGGCAUCAAAUGUUCCUGCGAAUGUAACUGGCAGUGGAGAUAAGUUGGAUGUCAAAUACGAAGAGAAAGAGGCAUCAGAAGUCAAGACAGAUAAUGAUAAUGGUGGAUCGUGCAAAGAUAGUGAUAUUUCAGUUGUUUCAAGCCAGCCUUCAAUGCCCGGGGAAGAAGAGAUUGGCUGGGAUGAAAUUGAAGAUAUUGAAAGCAAUGAUGAAAAUAAAGGAGGGGAUGCUGUUGAGUCCGCAAGUAGGAUUGAUUUGCGGAAGAGGUUGAGUGUCGCAGACCAAGAGGAGGAUCUUAGUUGGGAUAUUGAAGAUGAUGAUGAGACUGUCAAAUCAUGAGCAGAUUGUGGGUUCAGAUCAUUAGUGCUUUAACUUUUAAACACAAAUUGCUUAUUUAGUGUAUAAUUCUUUUCUUGUAACUUAACAAUGUAAAUAAAUUGUUUUUUUAUCUUAUACAAACAUAAGUGAGAAGGUGGACACCAGUUGAAAGUUUAAUUUGUAAGUUUAUUUGGACUCUUCAUCCACUUUUCAUAGGAAGGCGUAUUCAGUUUACAUAAUCAUAUGUCAUAGGGAGCGACCUUGUUGCUGAUAUAUCUGUUCCGGCAUUAACUCAAAUCAAAUCGCUUUCAUCACUAAUAUGAAGGCUGCAUCUUGUGUUUGUUUGCAUUUUACUUGAACAUAGUAGGCAAUCUGCAAUGGAUAAGCCUUUUCUCUCCCUAUACAUUUUUAGGUGAUUGGUUCAGAUCUGUUUUAAGAGUAUGGGAUUGAUUAUAGAUUUUACGUUUUUAUUAGGUUUUGAAUGAGAUCCUUUUUCUGCAGUCUUUUGAAUUAAAUGUUUUUA